GGGGAGGGGGUGCGGUCACGUGGGCCGCCGACGGCGCGACUCGUGGCUCUGGGCGCCAGUGGCCCCCGGCUCUUGCUACCACCGCCCCUUCCCCUCGCCGGCGCCGCCGCCAGGUGCAUUGCUGCCAGGUACGCCCUCGCCAGGUGGCACCCGACGCGCCAGGCUGGGGCCGCCUCAGAGCGCCCCACGGGGGCCAUGGAUGGCGAGACAGCAGAGGAACAGGAGGACCCCGUGCCCCUGCUAGGUGCACCCAGCGGAUCAGGCUCAGCUGGUGCUCCGGCCCUCGGGGGACGGCAGGAACCCAAGAAGUACGCAGUGACGGAUGACUACCAGUUGUCCAAGCAGGUGCUGGGCCUGGGUGUGAACGGCAAGGUGCGGGAGUGCUUCCACCUGCGAACCGGGCAGAAAUGUGCCAUGAAGAUCCUGUAUGACAGCCCUAAGGCCCGGCAGGAGGUGGAGCACCACUGGCAGGCCUCGGGUGGUCCCCACAUCGUGCGCAUCCUGGACGUCUAUGAGAACAUGCAUCAUGGCAGACGCUGUCUCCUUAUCAUCAUGGAAUGCAUGGAAGGUGGUGAGUUGUUCAGCAGGAUUCAGGAGCGUGGCGACCAGGCUUUCACUGAGAGAGAAGCUGCAGAGAUCAUGCGUGAUAUUGGCACUGCCAUCCAGUUCCUGCAUAGCCAGAAUAUCGCUCACCGAGACGUCAAGCCUGAAAACCUACUCUACACGUCCAAGGAGAAAGACUCAGUGCUCAAGCUCACUGACUUUGGCUUUGCCAAGGAGACCACCCAGAAUGCCCUGCAGACACCCUGUUACACCCCCUAUUAUGUAGCUCCUGAGGUCUUGGGUCCAGAGAAGUAUGACAAGUCAUGUGACAUGUGGUCCCUGGGCGUCAUCAUGUACAUCCUCCUGUGCGGCUUCCCACCCUUUUACUCCAACACGGGCCAGGCCAUCUCCCCAGGAAUGAAAAGGAGGAUCCGUCUGGGCCAGUAUGGCUUCCCCAACCCUGAGUGGUCGGAGGUCUCCGAGGAUGCCAAGCAGCUGAUCCGCCUCCUGCUGAAGACAGACCCCACAGAGCGGCUGACCAUCACACAGUUUAUGAACCAUCCCUGGAUCAAUCAAUCCAUGGUGGUGCCGCAGACCCCACUCUACACGGCCCGAGUGCUGCAGGAGGACAAAGACCACUGGGACGAAGUCAAGGAGGAGAUGACGAGUGCCCUGGCAACCAUGAGGGUGGACUAUGACCAGGUGAAGAUCAAGGACCUGAAGACCUCUAAUAACCGGCUCCUCAACAAGCGGAGAAAGAAGCAGGCAGGCGGUUCCUCGGCCUCACAGGGCUGCAGCCACCAGUAGCUCGUCGGGCCUUGGAGGAGCCAGGCCUCGCAGCCCAGGGACAGACUGGCGUGGGCGGAGGCUGUAGCCCAGAAGGCCCAGUGUCUUUUCUUUGUUUUUGUUUUUUUUUUUUAACAAAAGGACUAUUUUAUUGUGUUUUAAUUUGUCACUUGGAACUUCAGGAUCAGAGACCGUGACCCUAAACCUCCUUCAGAGCCCCAGCUCAGGCUCAGGCCUUAGAGAGGGGCCAGUGCUUGGUGGCUAGGGAGCCACCUGCUACAGCUGCAGUGCCUUGCCCAGAAUGACCUGAGCGUCGUGGCUCUGUCCUGCCCUCGAGCAUGGCCUUAGACUUCUGGGCCACUGGGAGUUGUGGCUGGGCUUCCCUCCUUCCGUGGGGACACCCCCCUGUAGGGUGGGCAGAUGGGCCUGUCCUUGGGGAAGGCAUCUGGCCAUGGGUUACCAUGGUGACCAGGGACAGAGUUGCUGCCUGUGAAUGCUGAGUGAACAGCAAGGGAGGGGGAAGGGGCAACUGAGUGUCCGCCUUGGCCUUCUUGUGGAGGCUUGCCUUUCUCCCACUGCUUGCCUCUCUCAGGCUCAGCCCUCUUUGGUCUCCCUGAGGCCACUGGGUCAGUCUGCCUGCCUCUUUGGGUGGUCCAGGAUUGUCUUACGGCAUCCCCACCCCACAGGGCCAUUGGAUCUCUCCCUCCACGUUCCUGGGCCCAGCCCUUCUGUUUGCUAUGGCCUCUCAUCUCAAGUGAGGGUGUGAGGUAUUUUUAACCCUUUUCUACUUUGGAAAAUGUCACUGUGACAAGUCAGUACAGUUCUCCUGCCCCUACCUGUUCACCGAUCCCAGGUAGGAAAAUCUCUCUUAGUAACGGUUCAUCCUCCACCCUGUCUUGAUGGCAGAGAUUGUCUCUUGGUGUACUUUUGUGAAAGUGGAUGGCUGGGGGCAGGGUCAAGAGGCUCCCGGUUAAUCAGGGGUCUCUUUUUAUACUCCGAGGCAGUGGAGAGCCUACGUGAUGCUUAGAAGGUCUGGUCCUGGCUUCAGCCUGAGUCAGAGCAGAGAGCAGCCCCUUCCUUGGCAGUCCAGGCUUACCCAGCCCCACCCUGCCCAGGGUAGCCUUAGGAUGCUGUAUGCCUGACUGGGCCUGACAAGUGCCUGACGCCCAGCCUGUUUCCUGGUUUCUGACCCCUUUACUGGCUGGGAAACCCUAGGCCACGUCACAUAGGACAAUGCUGCUGGGUUUUGUAUCUGGAUAUUAAUAAACACCAUUUUGGCAUUUUU